AUGAGCCCGGAUGUUGAAGGAUUCACUCUUCUUGCCCUCGGCAUUGCAUUCAUCCUUGUGCGGAUGUACGCACGAUGGUCCAUUGUUGGGCCUUCGAAUUUCCAACUCGAUGAUUAUCUGAUGCCGUUGGCUGGGAUUGUUUUUACUCUUGAAACAGUCGCUGCACAUAUCGUGGUAGCAUCGUAUGAUGGCCUUACGAACAGUUAUAUGACGCCUGAGGAACGGGCAGCCUUGGAUCCUAAUUCUGUUGAAUUUUCUAAACGAGUCGCCGGAUCCAAAAUUCAAGUCAUAGGCUGGUCGUUUUAUGCUCUCAUCCUGUGGCUCGUGAAAUUUUGCCUCGCAAUUUUCUACUCCAGGUUGACGAGUGGAUUGAUGGACCUGCCGAAUCGCGUGCGCCUCUCGUAUGUAAUCCUGGGAUUGACAUACAUUAUGGUCGCUUUAUGCCUUGUCCUCCCAUGCCGGCCAAUAAAAAGAUAUUGGCAGAUUAACCCUGACCCUGGCAAUAUUUGUCAACCAACGAUAUCCAAAAUUUCAGUUCUUAUUGUAGUCAUUCCGAAUGUUCUUACUGAUGUUUACCUACUUUCCAUCCCACUUCCAUUAUUAUGGAAGGUAAACAUCAGCUUGCGCAAAAAGCUUACGUUGAUGGCACUAUUUAGCGGAGCCGCGUUCGUGAUGGUAGCAGCCAUUAUCCGCGCCGUGACCAUUCUUUCAUCUGGGCCUGAAGGGGCUGUCUCAGGCAGUAGAUGGGCAUGCCGCGAAACAUUCGUCGCAAUUGCCGUUUCCUACGUCCCAAUAAUCCACCCCUUGAUACUAGGGCUCUUGCGGGGCACUAAGCUCAGUGUCCUAUUCACUUCCGCUCGACAGUCACUCCCCUAUGGGGGCUCGACUAACAAACAAAGUUCUGUACGAGAGAGUCGCAAAAAGGCCCGCCAUCCACUCUCCAUUCCUGGUACCAAUGCCUGGGGUAGCGACGAGUAUAUUCUUAGCACUGGGACAAAUGCAACCCAGAAGGAAAUUACUGUUGUCCAGGAAACUACUAUUCGGAGUGAUCCGUGGACGCAGGAAGCUGGAAUGCAGUCUUCAGCUGCCCCGUCUGAGUGGACACGACGAGGCUCUCAGACCCGGGAGAACAACGGCAAUUCACGAGAAUCGUCGGAUAAAAAACGGAAUCGUCAAUCGAGCGCAGUUGAACGUGAUUGA